AUGGACAGCGACGGCCACAGCCACAGCCACAGCCACAGCCAUAGCAAUGCAAACGCCGCUACUAACAACAGCACGCGGUCGAGUGCGCCGCAGCAGGUGCUGCUCGCGGGAGAGUACGUACAGCGCCGUCCCGUGCCGCUCACGUCGCCGCUCGCAGUGUUCAAGUCCCAACUCGAGGGGACUCAGACUCAGACGGCUCGGUCGCGUUCCCCUUGUCGCGCUCGUCUGCCGAGUCAAGAGCUGGUGCACGCACCGAAAAAGGUGCAGCAACAGGUUACACGACGAGUUGAAGACGAAGACGAGGACGACGAGUGUCUGCGGGCACAGACGCGACGGACGAGCGACGACGAGGUGGCGCACGAGACUCGGGACGUGUCGAUGGUGUUUGACGUCGAGCCAGCAGCUGUGAAACUGGGGCGGGAGAUCGGCAGAGGGGCGUUCUCAAUCGUCUACAUGGGCGAGUACCGCGGACAGCACGUGGCGGUCAAGUGCCAGCCGAAAGACGCCGAGGGGAAGGUGCCGGUGUUUGUCAUGCGGGAAGUGGAGAUGCUGCGGCUGCUGCACCAUCCGAGACUGUUGCGGUUUACAGGAGCUGCAAACGACGUCCGUGGCAAGCAAGUGUGGAUCUUGAGCGAGUACUUGUCCAACGGAGACGCCGACUUGUUGCUCAAGGCUAUUCGUAGUGAAAAGAUGACGCACAUUGGCUGGCACGCGAUGGCACGGAUGGCACUAGAUACGGCACAGGGUAUCGAGUAUCUGCAGCAGCGACACUUUGUGCACCGCGACAUCAAGUCGUCGAACAUUUUGCUGGAUGACCAGUACCGUGCCAAGCUCUGUGACUUUGGCUUCGCGAUUAAGAUCGAACCUGUCGAGGCUGUCACACACGGAGGAGCUGAUGUCAAUGCUAGUCAAGAGAAUCGUAAAUCAUAUUGCGGCACGGACGCAUACAUGGCGCCAGAGAUGUUCUUGAACGAGGACUACGACCAGAGCGUGGACAUUUUCAGUUUCGGCGUCGUGCUCAUGGAGAUGUCGUGCUGCCGUGUGGCCAACUCGGAUGGUUUCUUGAUGCGCCUUCCACAGCAAAAGUUCCAGGUGUCGUUAUCCGAGUUCCGUGCAGCUCUUCCGACUUCGUGUCCUCCAGCGCUUGCAGCCCUCGCGGAAAAGUGUGUGUCAUUCGAACCGAGUGAGCGGCCAAACAUAGCGACUAUCGUGCGAACGCUCGAACGUGUGCUGCAAGACACCAGCAGCAUACCUCGAGGCGUUGUCGACCUAGUUCCGUUCACGCCUGAUGACCGUGAGCUACAAACUAAAGAGGACGAUGAUGCUUACUAUAGUGAGGAUGAUGAUGGUGAGAGCGAAGGCGAGUGCGAGGAUGAGGACAACGAAGAGGAGGGGGAGGGAACUGACGAGGAAGAGGUCGAGUGCAGCAGCCUCAAGCUGCAGGAAAACGGUUGUCGGGGCACAAUGAGCACGAAGGUGGGCGAAAACAAGGGCAGUGUGCGUUUGCAAGGCAUCGGCAAGCGAUUGCUGGAGGACAAGGGUGUUGAAUGUCACACGUCAGUACAGUCCAUCUCUCGAGGUCCUCACCAUGAAGGAGUGAUGCUCAAGCGCAGCCGCCGCGGGAAGCGUUCGUGGAUGGAGAAGUGGUUCAUUAUCGAUCACGACCAGCUACGCUACAUGGACGUUCUACCGCGUGGGCAGCAGCAGUAUCAUGUGGGGAGGCGUCACACGCUGCCAUCUACCUCAUCGCUGUCACUGUGUGGGUGUCGAAUCUGGAAAACGACGGAGAUGCCUGACCUGCAGUUCAAUGUGAUCGACAACAACUGGAAGAUCAAACGCGAGCUCCGAGCUCUGUCGAAGCGUGAUCUUGACCUGUGGACCGAGCUUAUAAACCAAGCCAUCGACUACGCUAACGACCUCCAUGCGCGUGACCACGACGUGGCUAAUGGCAGCACGACCGAAGCAAGCGCAAGUAGCAGUAGCCCGAGUCGGCCCAGUCGAAACAGAGCUCAUACACUGCAUCUACCGGUCCAAGAGCUGUCCAGGCGGCCAAGUGUCGCAUCGGAUGCUACAGCUUUGCCGAAGCCAAGGCGCCGGAGUAGCGCUGCGAAAUUUGGUGUACCGCCAGAAUUGCCCGAGACGGAAGAGGACUGUCUGGAUGAAGUCUACAUGUGGCUCAAGCAGAUCGGCUUCCAGCGGUAUACGCGCAUGCUGAAAGCAAAAGGCUUCGACACACUCGACUUCAUUCGCGAGACUGGUAUUGAAAUGGAAGAUUUGAAUUUCGUGGGCAUCAAGGAGCCCGUAGCUCGCAAAUCGAUUCGCUCGGCAGCUAGAAAAUUGCGCGGCGACGACGACGAUGAUUGA